AUCUCAUCGGCCAACAUGGCGAGGGAACAACGUGGGAAAGCUACUGCUCCGAAAAAGAAAGCUGACAAUGAAAAACCAACAAAACCAUUUGACUUGUCCUURGAGUCGAGCGAUGAUGAGGCGCCGGAGGAAGUAAAGUUUGAAGACUCCAAAGCUCAGGCUUUACAGAGCAUGAAACAGGCGCUGGACACGGCCAGAAGAGAGAAGGAGCUGCUGAAAGAGAAGAGGAGGAAGAGGCAGGAGCUGUUCCAGGAGCAGAAGAAAAGAAAACUCCUCCCAGCUGAAGUGUUGGAAGAAAUCGACCCGUCUCCUUCAAAGAAACAGGACCAGUCUGAGAAAGCAGCUGAGGAGGGAGAAGCACUGGUUGAAAGAACAAAAUUACCACACGUCAGAAACUUGAAGGGAAACUACACAGUUGUGACGGUGACGGAGGGAGAGGAGGCGUCCUUCCAGCGGCGGGCAGCAGAGGAGUUCAUCCAGUCACGACUGUACGGACCGGGAAGCUGCAGGAGCACGAACAACGAGCUUCUCUCCCUCCAGAACAAGACGGGGAAAAACAAAAGUGCGGCCGUUAAUUUUGUUAAGAAAGACUGGGCUUCUAAGAAUAAAGCCAWGGCAGAGCGGUUGAAGAAGAGGUGGAUCCACAAACAGCAGAUUCCUCCCUGCUGACAGGACGCAGUGAAUGCGGUCCAUCAGAACCUUAAACCGGACCACCUGCAGCCCAGCCUCUGAGCUCAGAGUUCUGUUUUUAGAGCCGUAACAGUGGAGACGAGGAGGAAGAAGCUGUUGGAGACGAUGGAGACUGGAUGUGAAGAUCACAGCUGAACAUAAACUCAAAGUUUCCAGAACAAUCCUCAGUGRACCUGAUGUUUAAAGGUUUUCACUUCAUGAAUUGGAUUUUUUUUAGAAUCUCAUGAAAACUGUCAAGUUUCAGUUUGAGGACAGAGACCAGAGGCCCUGCUCUUUAUUUGUAUAAAAUAACUGUAUUAUAUUUGAUUUAUUUCCUAAUAAAGUCUGCCAUUAAAGGCAAGCAAUCCUG